AUUUACUGAGUUAAUUCCCCACAUAUGUUUUUUGUUUUUGUUUUUUGCUGUGGUGUUUGUGUUGGAGUUUUCACUCUGUCAGCGAUAUUUGAGAGCAGACAGAAUGUUGAUCCUGAGAUUAAACCUGAACAAAAGAGAGCGGCAGCCGUCAAAUUCUGUUUUGACACAGCUCACAUGGUUUCAGACGACAACACAGAUCCCGUCCUCUAUAUGACAACAGCACGUCAACACCAAACAUCACAACCACAGAGGACUGUCACACAGACGCAUCAGCGGCCAAUCAGACGCCAGAAAAAACGACAGGUUCAAGCUCCUCUCUGAAGAUUUCUUUCCACUUUGUGAGUUUACAUCCACCAUGUUUGCCAGGACUCUUCUGCUCAUCAGUGUGGCUGCUUUCAUCUGUGCAGAUGCUCAGGAUGAAUCCAGACUCAACAGGAGGCCUUCCUGUGUGGGGAUAAGCGUGACUCUAGCGUGUCCUCUGAACUAUGAUCCAGUGUGCGGGAGUGAUGGUGUCACCUACCCAAAUGAAUGCUCUCUGUGUGUUCAGAGACUGGAGAAAAAUGCUGACAUUGUGAUUGUAAUGGAGGGUGCUUGCAUAUAAAGACAUCAACCCAUUCGUCCUUAACCAAUGACACACUUCUACGUAACUGAUGACAUCAUAAUGUGCAUCUUUGACUUUUGUUUGAAUGUAGCUGUAGUGCACAUAUAAACACACAAUUACAACUGCAGCCAUAUGUAGUAACAAAUCAACACAUUUCUUUUAUAAUAGUGUUAUAUAUUUAAUAUCUCUGUG